AUGCCGCCAAAGUGCAAGGAUUUAUUUGGAAUGUUUGAUAUAAAUUUAUUCGCAACACAAGUGCCAUUCUGUGUCUUGCAGUUGAAGUAAAAUAUUGUGCGACAAGGAUUAAGGAAAAAAUGCACAAGGAGCCUGCUGCAACAACAACAACAACUUCAUAUAAGUCCCUUGAGUGCAUUUCAUGUUGCAAGUUGAAUGAAUGAACUCGAACAGAUACAACAAGUGCUAUAACUACAGAGACAGUUCCAGAUACAUAGUUAUAGCUACUUACGACGGAAAACUGGAGAACAAUAAGUGCGACACAUAGCUGGCGGCAAAGGGGCCACACAAACAAGGGCGAGGCAUGUUUUAUUUCUCAACAGAUAAUCGCCAUGAAUCGCACUGAACUUGGAACAUUGCCGCAAUUUGAAAGCUCAGCGGAGAUAUUUAAAGCGAUUGCGAGAAACAGCAAUUUUGAUCUGAUUGGGGAACGACGACAUUUGCCUAAUUUUCCCUCGCUAAACACAGGCGAUGUUAGCAGCAGCAGCAGCAGCAUCAGCAACAGUAGCAACAACAACAGCAGCAGCAGCAGCAACAGCAGCAGCAGCAACAGCCACAGCAACAUGACCAUGUUGCUAUUGAACAGCACAAGCAACGAGAGCAACUUAAUGCCCGCGGAUAUGGAUCCAGUGCUGAUGGAUCAGUAUCUGCAUAACCGUGCCAUCGGGAGUCCCUGGUACCAUCUGCUAAUCGCCAUGUACAGCGUGCUGAUUGUGUUCGGAGCCAUGGGCAACAUAAUGGUGGUCAUUGCCGUGCUGCGUAAACCAAUCAUGCGCACCGCCCGCAACCUCUUCAUCCUCAAUCUGGCCAUAUCGGACCUGCUCUUGUGCCUAGUUACCAUGCCGUUAACACUAAUGGAAAUCCUUUCAAAAUUCUGGCCAUACGGCUCCUGUGCCGUCCUGUGCAAAACGAUUGCCACGCUGCAGGCCCUCAGCAUAUUCGUGUCGACCAUAUCCAUAACAGCCAUCGCCUUCGACAGAUAUCAGGUAAUUGUGUAUCCCACGCGGGACAGCCUGCAGUUUGUGGGAGCCGUCGCCAUCCUAGCGGGAAUCUGGAUACUCGCCCUGACACUAGCCUCGCCCCUGUUCAUCUACAAGCAGCUGAUCAGCAUGGACAUGCCGGCAGUGCUGCAGAGGCUGGGCGUGCCGCACAGGAUAUCGUACUGCAUCGAGGACUGGCCGCUGAGCGAUGGCCGUUUCUACUACUCGAUCUUUUCGCUGUGCGUGCAGUAUCUGGUGCCCAUACUGAUCGUGUCGGUGGCCUACUUUGGCAUCUACAACAAGCUGAAGAGCCGGAUCACUGUGGUCACGGUGCAGAGCUCGUCGCAGCGGAAAGUGGAGCGGGGCAGACGCAUGAAGCGCACGAAUCGGCUGCUAAUUAGCAUUGCGAUCAUCUUUGGGGUCUCGUGGCUGCCACUGAACUUUUUCAAUUUGUAUGCGGACCUGCAGCAUCCAUCGGCCGUGACGCAGAGAAUGCUUGUGGCAUAUGCCAUUUGCCACAUGAUUGGCAUGAGCUCGGCCUGCUCGAAUCCGCUGCUGUAUGGAUGGCUCAACGAUAACUUCCGUAAAGAAUUUCAAGAACUCUUGUGUCGUUCCACUGAAUCCACUAAUGUUGCUCUCCAUGGUCACACGACAGGCAGCAACGUGCAGGCAGCGGCAGCGCGUCGACGUCGCAAACACGAGCUCCAGCUCCUGGGCAACAGCGUCCAACGGGGCGCCUCCGACGGUGAUUGCCUCGGCGGCAUGAGCAUUGCGGCCACCGAAUUUAACACAAGACACACGGUAAAUGGAACGCGCAGCGCCGUAACGGAAUCUGUUGCACUCACCGAGAACCCCAUGCCCUCAGAGAUGACCACGCUGGUGCCGCGUUAAAGCCAAUUACCCAAACCCAACCACACUCAACCUCUGCCUAAACCAUCCCACCCGUGUCUAUCUCAGUGUUAUCCGUAUAUAUACAUCUCUCUCUCUUUAUGUAUAUUAAUGGAGAAGAUUACGAGAUUAUGCUGCCCACGCCGGAACUGGAGCUAUGGGCUAAGUGAAUUUGCAUGCAAGAUAACCAAAAAUUGCCAUUUAAUGCCAAAAGUUGCAUGCUUUUGAGAUUUGUAGCAUUAUUUUCAUUUAUUAAGUCGAAAGUAAGCAAAAGUUCAUUCGAUGUGGUUUUUCGUAGAGUCCAUUUGGCAUUUUGCGCACAAGAGUAUUUCAAUAUUUGUGCACAAUUACAGUUUGCAACAAUACUAAAUUGCCAAUUUGCAUUGCAUUCCCCCUCCCCCUCCCUAGACACAAUGCCAGCUGAACUCUUGAACUCUCUAUGCUCCGAUGGGAGCCAAGGAGCAGCUGCAAUUAAACACGAUACAUGAAACAUUAAAACUUCAAAAUUUUAAUUUAAAAUUAACAUUUAACUAAGAAAUAACGAAUAUGUGUUGACUGAUUGAAAGCAAAGCUGAGUAAUAUUUAAGUCUAGGCGGGAUAAUUAUGAGCUGCAGGCAGAUGUAUUUAUAGAUACUGUAUCUACAAUUACAAUUACAAUUCAUUCAUAUAUAUAUAUAUAUACACACACACUUGGCUUAAGUUUCAUCAAAUACUGUGAUUUAAUUGAACGAGCCCUUCAAUUAAAUUUCGGGUAGUUGAUAAACACACAACUCUUCAGUUAUAAGUAUAAGUAGAUACAUACAUAUACAUACAUGUAUUUAAGUAAAUGUUCCACUUUGUUCCUAUUUAC